GAAAAAGGAGGCUCAGGCAAAGAACAAAAAGGAGGUUCAGGCAAAGAGCAGAAAGAAGGAAGCUCAGGGAAGCAGAAGAAGUCGUCUAAAAAGCGAGAAGGUCGACCUCAUGUUUUCUUCGACAUCAAAAUUGGCGACAAGCCUGCCGGUCGUAUUCAAAUGGAACUGUUUGACGAUGUAGUACCAAAAACAGCCGAAAAUUUCCGUUGCCUGUGUACAGGCGAGAAGGGCAUGGGUAAGCUUGGCAAACCGCUUCACUACAAGGGCUGUAAGUUCCAUCGAGUUAUUCCGGAAUUUAUGUGUCAGGGAGGGGACUUGACAAAAGGCGACGGAACAGGCGGAGAGUCCAUUUACGGAGAAACGUUUGACGACGAGAACUUCAAGGAGAAGCACACAGGCCCUGGCAUCCUUUCAAUGGCCAAUGCUGGACCAAACACAAACGGCUCACAGUUCUUUUUGUGCACCGUGAAAACCGAAUGGCUUGAUGGGAAGCACGUUGUGUUCGGCAAAGUUAUCAAAGGCAUGGAUGUGGUAAAGAAGAUCGAAGCAGUGGGGUCCGAGAACGGUGAAACCACGCAAGAUGUGAUUAUUGAUGACUGCGGCGAACUGUAA